AUGGGUUUUAAAGACUUGAACUUGUUUAAUGUUGCUCUUUUAGCUAAACAAGCAUGGAGAGUGAUCAACACCCCUCAGGCUUUAUGGGUCCAAGUUUUGAAAGGCAUCUAUUAUCCACAUUCUAAUUUUCUAAAUGCAAGGAAUUGUAAGUCUGGAUCGUGGGGGUGGCGUAACCUUUUGGAAGGAAGAGAGGCUCUUAAAGCAGGGUUAAGAUGGCAGAUUUCUGGUCCUUCCUUUAUGAAUGUCUCGAGUGAACCGUGGAUUCCCACAUUACCUGCUUUUAAAGUUUCAAGUUCUAGGCCAAAUGAUAGUCCUAUCAUCUAUAUUGCUGAUCUUAUAGAUGUGAACUCAAAUCAGUGGAAUCUGCAUUUAUUACAAACCUCAUUCUCAGAGCAAGAUUGGAAGGAAAUUAUUAAAAUUCCACUGGCAGUCAAUCCUCGUGAACCAAAAAGAGUUUGGCACUAUACAUCUAACGUGGUCCCUACUGUAAGAUCCGUUUAUUUCUGGUUGAAAAAAUGGCAUCAUGAAGCAUCUCGACAGUCAUCCCCAUCCUCUUCUAGGUUGGUAAAUCCACAGUUUUGGAAAAAACUAUGGUCUCUUCCAUUGCCUCCAAAGGACUUUAGCUCUUUUACAGACUGGUGGCAGCAUUUGUUUGAUAUUUUGUAUUCUAGGGACUGCAGACAAUUUAUUUUGGCAGGAUUGUUAUGUUGGAAUAUUUGGAAAGCGAGGAAUGCUGCUCUUUAUGAAUCUAUUAAGCCUAAUCAUUUGUUCCUCAUUACAAAGGCCCAGAAUGCCGUUGAUGAGCUGCUCUCUUUAGCUACCCAGCAACACCAUUCUGAGCAUAUCCCUGCUGAUGGUAGAAGGGCACCUUUUAAGUGGCAGCCCCCUCCUUUUCCUGUUCUGAAAUGCAAUGUAGAUGCUUCUUUUGUGAACUAUUCUGUGAUAACAGGGUAUGGUGUUAUUGUUCGUAAUCAUGUGGGGCAAUUUGUAGAUGGUUGCGCAGCCUCUUUCACCUGUGGUUCCCCUUUAGUGGCUGAGGGAAUUGCUUUGCGAGCAGCACUUCAAUUUGCUAUCUCUAGAAAAUACAAUCAGGUGAUUUUUGAAGUUGAUUCUUUAUUUCUUGUCAAUAUGCUGAUUUCACCCUUUACUACAAUUCCGUGGAAAAUUGAGGGUGUUAUCCAUGAUAUUAAGGUUUUCUGGACAUCCUAUUCUAACUGGUCUGUAAAACAUGUUCAUAGAUGUGUUAAUGAAUGUGAUAACUUGAUUGCUAAAGCUGUAAGGCAAGGCUUACUGUACCCAGGAUGGAUUCUUAAUCCUCGUGAUAAGUUACCUUAUGCUCUACUUAAAGAUAGAUUAUGUGACUACAAUAAUGACAUGGCCUUGCUAAAGUACAUCGUAUCACAGGAUAAGGCAAAAACUCUGGGAAUCAGCUUCAUUCCUCUAGAAGCGACUCUUAGAGACACAUUUGAAAGCUUAAAGGAGAAGGGCUUCCUUAGCAUCUGA